CCCGAACACAUCGAUAGCUUUAUGGUGGGUAACAGCUUUCAUAUCUCAUACUCUUUGUCUUUUCUUCAGACGCAGGUGUGAACCGACCGACGUCACGAAGGUUCCGUGUAGUGAGUGGUUCACGAACUGUUUUGUCUACCUAUAGGUGAAGUGGAGUCACCAAGCACCACCGAGGGUGGGAAAACAUACAAGGGCCAGGUAGCGCGAGCUGUACCGGUCCCUAGGCAAAGGUACCACCGGUGAGAAUGGGAGAGCGAGCGAUCCGGCCACACAAACAAAAGCGAUCGCAGUGUAACGCACACCGGUUUGAGGCUCCGAGAGGGUAUCACGCGCCGUCCGCUACACGACACAAGCUCUGGAGAGUUUAAACUGAUUAGUUCGCUUCAGUUCGCCCGGUUCGUACAGUUUGGUUUGGUGACGCGAAAAAACUCGAAGCUACAGUGUCAAAGUUGGUGCAUAACUCUUUGGUGAUCGAGCACUCCAAAAGUCCACAAGUGAUCAGAAGCUUAUUGUGAAAGUGAUUUGCUACUCUAGUCAGUGUUAAGCAUAAAUUCGUGUCACGUUCGUGUUAAGUUUGGUGUGACAUACGCGAGUGGCAAUACGCGUAGUAGAUAGGCCCGCUCGCCUUGUUUGUUUCGUACGCGUAUUUUGCGGCACGUGUUGCCGGUGCUUCCGGUAGGGGCAGCUGUUUGUCUAUUCGCCAUGGACCAAAAGACGCAGAACGGUGCUGCGGUGAGCAGUGGGGACGACGAUCAGCCAUCGACAGCGGUGUUCGAAGAAAUACGGCAGGAAAUUGGCAAAAUUAAUCCGUACGCGGAAACGAUCGAGCUGACGUACCAUCUGCGCAAGUUCGCUGAACUGUUCCGGCGCCGCAUCACCAACGAUCAACUGCUCAGCGAUCUCUUCCCGUACCUGAACGAGGCCGCCCUAUCGUGCCCCAUGUUUGCCAUAAAGCUGGCCACCGUAUUCGCAUCCCGCCAGCUAGCCGAUGCAUCGAUCUAUGAAGCGAAAGUCCGCAACGCCAUGAUUGCCACGCUGCAGCAGAACUUUCUCGCCAUCGAACGGCUAAAGCAGGAAAACGUUUACCGGUUCUACAACUCCGUCUCGCUGCUCGGCGAGUACUACCACCGGAAGCGGGUCGCAUUCGGCAAGCGGAUCCACAUCCUCGGCCAGUCGCUGCUGCUGCUGCUCACGUCCGAACUGGAGCAGGAAAUUAGUAAAUCCUGUCAGCAGCAGCAGCCGCCAGGUACGUACCGGUUCGAGCCCAGUUUGGCCAAGCUGGUGCUGGCCCAGAUCCUGCUGAACGGCGAGGAGGUGAAGGAAGAACACCAGAAGGAAGUGCGCGAUCUGCUCUACACGGUGCGGAAAGCGUUGAUCGUCAUCCCGAAUCUGUGCGCACAUGCCAAAUCGUUCCUGCUGAUGACGCUCGACAUUUACUACGGCCAAUUGGCGGGGCUCAACAAUCUGUACGGCAAGUAUUUAAACGAAUCGGAUGGUGUAGACCUGAAGGCGGAGCAGAAAUCAACCGUAAGCCAGAAGGAGGUAAAUGGUCAUGAGGUAGCGCCCAAGGAGAAUGGUGUUGAGACGGCGUUGCAGCCCUCGCCGGACGACACACACAAACCCUCGGUAACGGGUGUAAAGACGAAGGACCAGCAAGCACAACAAUCACCCGUCCCCCAGAAGCAGGAGCCUGCGGCGGGACAGAAACCGAAAGCAGUAAAACCGAGCACGUCCGAGCGUGCGCCAUCCGGUCGCAGUGGUAAAGCAUCCAGCCAGAGCAACAACACCACCAACGACAAGGAAAACAAGCGUCGAUCGCAAACGAAGCCGGUCACGCCGGUGCCCAAAACGUCUCCAAAGUCAACGUCCGGAUCCGAGAACCGUUCGAUUCGUUUGCAGGAGGAUGGCAAUAUAGUUGCUACCAUUACACGCCGUGACACAACGGCAACAGCAGCAACGGUAACUUCCCCCACGAAGAGACAUCCUCCUCAGCCGCUAUCGAGUACGCCUUCCCGUUCAUCCACCAGCAAGCAGAAGCUUUCGCCACGCAUGGGGAAGCUGGCAACACUGCCGAAGAUCACCGUCACCAGUGCGACCCCAUCACCGAAGCGUACCCAGGACAGACAGCAACCGGCCUCGGUCUCGCCCCGAGCCGUACUCGGUCCCUCGAUAGCGAAACAAAAGUCACAUCCACCACCGAAAAGCCCAACAACCCGGUCCUCCGACCCGAGCCGGGAAGGACAGGCGCCGGUGGGUCGUACCCGUCACGAACGAAACCUUCGUGAUCAGAAGGCUCUUGCUGCUUCCAAAGUUGAGCGGCAAAACGCUUAUGCUAACGAUGCGCUGAAGCACACCGAGGUAGAGGUGAGUCAGCCAUCGAGACAUUCACCUUACGCCCCGGAAGUGCCGGAAAGGCAGUCGGAAUAUCACGACUGGAGCGCCAUGCCUGAGCCGGAACCGGUUCGCACAUCGACAUCAGCUUCACGGGAGCAAACCAACGAUGCGUAUGGCGAUACAAUUCGUAGCCCAACGCCACCGUACUAUCUGUACGAGAAAGACGACCCGCUGGAUAACGAUCUGCUGAUCGAAGGCAUGGUAAUGCAACAGGUGAACCCGCAAACCACAUCGUUCCUAUCGUUUUUGACUAGGGAAUAAGUGGCCCAUAAGUGGUCAGAAGAAUUGUACAAUGAAGCACGUAGCAAUGUAAGCAAACUGUUUGUCCAGGAGGAAGGCAUUUCUGUGCGCCACUAGGGAGCGAGUGGUUACGAUUAAGAUAAUACUGGUAAUGGAAACCCAACUGGCAGGAUUACCUUAAUACGCGACGAUAUAUGCGGGGAGUUCGGAGAAAAAGUUGAAAAAGUAUGGCAAAAUACAUCAUCUCUCUAACAGAUCCAACAGCA